UGUGUGUACACACACAUACAGUGCCGCCAGCGCUACUCACCUGGCCGCUCCUGAACACCGAGGAGGCGCAGGAGAAGAAGAACAAAAGUCACACACGAUGACCACCGAAAGAGCCAAAUACUGAUUUAAACGCACAAAAGUGGGGAAAUCGCAAAUCCUGUACGUUAGUAAACAAGCAGAGAUGAUAUUAUCCUGAACAUUUUUUUAAAAAAAAAAAAACUUCUGAGCCAGUGGCGAAGAUUGGGAGACGGUGAACCUUUGCACUUAAGGUGAUUUCUGUUUACCUUCUGCCGACUUCAACAGGAAGUAAACUGUAAAAUGGGGAGUAAAGAACGCUAUCACUGGCAAACUCAGAAUGUCAAAGUGAGCGGUGUGGAUGACAUGGUCCUGCUCGCCAAGAUCAGCGAGGAUGCCAUUACAGACAACUUGAAGAAGAGAUACAUGGAUGACUACAUUUUUACAUACAUAGGCCCAGUGCUCAUUUCUGUGAACCCUUUCAAACAACUGCCAUACUUCACAGACCGGGAGGUGGAGAUCUACCAGGGGGCGGCUCAGUAUGAGAACCCUCCUCACAUCUAUGCCCUGACUGACAACAUGUACCGCAACAUGAUGAUCGACACUGAGAAUCAGUGUGUCAUCAUCAGUGGAGAAAGUGGAGCAGGGAAAACAGUUGCUGCCAAGUACAUCAUGAGCUAUAUCUCCAAGGUGUCAGGAGGAGGCCCAAAAGUUCAGCAAGUGAAAGACAUCAUCCUCCAGUCAAAUCCUCUUUUGGAGGCUUUUGGGAAUGCUAAGACUGUUCGCAACAACAAUUCCAGUCGCUUUGGGAAGUACUUUGAGAUUCAGUUUAGCCGGGGUGGGGAACCUGAUGGAGGGAAGAUUUCUAACUUCCUGCUGGAGAAAUCAAGAGUGGUGUCCCAGAAUCAAGGAGAGAGGAACUUCCACAUCUACUACCAGCUUCUGGAGGGUGCUUCCAAAGAACAGAGAGAGGAGCUGGGCGUCACCACUGCUGACUACUAUUACUACCUCAACCAGUCAGGAACAUACACUGUAGAAGAUGUCAGCGACAAGAGAGAAUUUUCAGAAACCACGAAAGCCAUGUCGGUGGUGGGCCUGAGUGAUGAGGAGAAAACAACAGUGCUGCAGAUUGUGGCAGGCAUUCUGCACCUGGGCAACAUUUCCUUCCGAGAAGAAGGCAACUAUGCUGUGGUGGAGAGCGAGGACUUUCUGGCCUUCCCUUCCUACCUGAUGGGUGUUUCCCAGGAUGGGCUGAAGAAGAAACUGACAAGUCGUGUCAUGGACAGUAAAUGGGGUGGCAAGUCAGAGAGCAUUUUUGUCACACUGAACAGCGAGCAGGCCUGCUUCACCCGAGAUGCCCUGUCCAAAGCUCUCUACUCUCGCCUCUUUGAUUACCUUGUCGAUUCCAUCAACAAAGCCAUGCAGAAGGACCACGAGGAAUUCAACAUUGGAGUGCUGGACAUCUAUGGCUUUGAGAUCUUUCAGAAAAAUGGUUUUGAGCAGUUUUGCAUCAACUUUGUCAAUGAGAAGCUGCAGCAGAUUUUCAUCGAACUGACUCUCAAGGCUGAACAGGAGGAGUAUGUGCAGGAGGGCAUCAAAUGGACACCCAUAGACUACUUCAACAACAAGGUGGUGUGUGACCUCAUUGAGUCAAAAGUGAAUCCCCCAGGUAUCAUGAGCAUUCUGGAUGAUGUAUGUGCGACCAUGCAUGCCAAGGGUGAGGGCGCUGACCAGACACUGAUCCAGAAGCUGCAGAUGCAGAUUGGUUCCCAUGAGCAUUUCAACAGCUGGAACAAAGGCUUUGUGGUUCACCACUAUGCUGGCAAGGUGUCCUACGAUGUGGGUGGUUUUUGUGAGAGGAAUCGGGAUGUGCUCUUCACCGACAUCAUUGAAUUGAUGCAGAGCAGUGAAUAUCCUUUCAUCAAGGACUUGUUUCCGGAGAACCUGGAGGCAGAGAAGAGGGGUCGUCCUACCACAGCAGGCAGUAAGAUUAAGAAACAGGCCAACAACCUGGUGCAGACCCUGAUGAAGUGUACCCCCCACUACAUCCGCUGUAUCAAGCCCAAUGAGACAAAGCGGCCACGUGACUGGGAGGAGAACCGGGUUAGGCACCAGGUGGAGUAUCUGGGCCUGCGUGAGAACAUUCGUGUCCGUCGUGCAGGAUAUGCUUUUCGAAGGGCCUUCAGCAAGUUCUUGCAUAGAUAUGCCAUUUUGACUAAAGAGACUUGGCCUCAGUGGCGCGGAGAUGAGAAGCAGGGGGUGCUGCACCUGCUACGCUCUGUCAAUAUGGACCAGGACCAGUAUCAGCUAGGAAAGAGAAAGAUCUUCAUCAAGGCCCCUGAAUCUUUGUUCCUUCUAGAGGAAAUGAGGGAGAGAAAGUACAACAACUUUGCACGUGUCAUCCAGAAAGCCUGGCGUAAGCAUAUCGCCGUCCGCAAGUAUGUCCGCAUGAGGGAGGAAGCAUCAGACAUUUUGCUGAACAAGAAGGAGCGCAGGAGAAACAGCCUCAACCGCAACUUUGUUGGCGACUACAUUGGCACAGACAACCAUCCCGAGAUACGGCAGUUUGUGGGCCGCAGGGAGCGCAUCGACUUUGCAGAUGUAGUGCUGAAAUAUGACCGCAGGUUCAAGACAGUGAAGCGUGACCUCAUCUUGACCAACAAGUACCUCUAUUUGAUUGGACGUGAGAAGGUAAAACAGGGUCCAGAGAAAGGCCAGAUCCAGGAAGUCCUGAAGAGACAAAUUGAGCUAGACAAGGUCCAGAGUGUUUCUCUAAGCACUUUGCAGGAUGACUUCCUUAUUAUCCACGAGGAACAGUAUGACAGUGUGCUGGAGUGUAUUUUCAAGACUGAAUUCCUAAGCCUGUUGUACAAGCGAUAUGAAGAGAAAACCCAGAGGAAGCUCCCGAUCAAGUUCAAUAACCUGCUGGAGUUCAAGGUAAAAAAAAGUGGAUGGGGUCCAUUUGGGGCUGCUGGUUCCAGGCAGAUCCAGUUCCAGGUGGGCCAAGGGGACCAAGCAGUUUUGAAACCCAGCAGUAAGGUUUUACUGGUCAGCACUGGACCAGGUCUACCCAAAAACUCCAGACCAACACGGCAGGACAAACGAAAGAGCCAGUAUUUUGGGAAACAGCCAGUCACCUCACAAACGCAAGGUCCUCCACGGGGUGGUGGUCAAAGAAGGGAUUUGGCUCGGCAGAGGAGUCAGGCCUCUUCCAGGGCCUCCCUGCUGGUGAGGCAGAGCAGCAUGGAUCAGCCCACCCUCCCCCGUCAAGGCCAGCGGAAGUCCAGGAACCUGCAACAGCCCCAGACAAACAUGGACUUCAUGAAUGUGCCGGAACAGGGUGUUGCCGGAGUGCAUCGCAGGCGUUCCAAAGAAUACAAGCCUGAACCAGGAUCAGGCCGGCCCAAACCUGCCCCCAGGCCCAAGCCCAGAUCCCCUCAGUGCCGAGCGCUCUAUGCCUAUGAUGCGCAGGACACUGAUGAACUUAGCUUCAAUGCAGAUGACAUCAUUGACAUCAUAAAUGAGGAUGCAUCAGGCUGGUGGAUGGGACGUCUGAGGGGAAAAGAAGGCAUGUUUCCUGGGAAUUAUGUAGAAAAGAUCUAAACUCAAGGGGCUUUGCCACUGUUCUGAGCACCCUAAGGUAAUAAGUAGAAGAUGGAGAUUCAAAUAGGCCAGUGUUCUACAGCGACUGAUCCAGCACUAAACACCACCACGCAAAACAGGGGAUGGUCUCUGGACACACACAGUUGCCUAGUGUUAACAUCUUGUGCUUCUGAGAAACCAUGGUUCCCUUGUGCUUUAUGGUGAAACACCAACAUGUGAAAAAAGUAGUACAGUUUUUAAAAACAUUAAAGACAUUUUCUGUAAGUUUUAUUUUAAGAACAAAAAUAUUUUUUUAAAUAUUUUGCACAAUACUAGCUGUAGUAAUGGGAACCUAAACAUUUAUAGUUGCCCCAGAGAUUUUCUCGUGUAAAGAAAAGGGAUAUUUCACUAUGAUCAGACUGGAAUUAAUACAUCCUGCAUAACUUGAAACUUAGGCUGCAAGAGCUUAAGCUAUUCAAACUAAUUUUAAUGUCCCCCAUGCCACUCUCAUUUGGUCUGUGGCGACCUUUUAACUUCUAACUUUUUUUCUCUCCAAAUUGCUUCUAGUUAAUGCACAAGAAUGGCAUUACCUGAUAAUGGCAUUUAACUACAUAAUUAAAUUAAUGACCAUAUUGCAUUUUAACUGCAUGAGAAUUUUGGUAAUUUUUAAUUAGCAAUUUUUAAUCAAAUAAUUUAUUUGCCUUCAUACUGAAAAUUGCUAUUUGCAUAAUGAUGCAUUAAGUGAUUUUAUUUGCUCAUUUAACAUUCCCAUAGUAGGCAGGUGGAAUAGAUUUGAAAGCAGCCCAGAACUAGUUUCUGGAGCCAUAGAACCAAAAUAACAGAAUUUUUGGAAGCAAAACCUUUAAAGAUAUUUUGUGAAGAUUUCGAAAGUAAUCAUAUGUCAGGAUAUCCUAAUGUGAUUUUUUUUUUUUAUUUUUUAUUUUUAACCUUUGUGUCUUUCUAAGUAAUUGUUACCUAAAAUCGUACACCAGUGGCAACUAGUUGCUCAGCUUUCAUGGUUAAAUUGCAUUCAGAUUUUAUUCUGGGUAAAAAUUUAAAUAUACAGCAUUAUAAGACAAAGGUUGGGUGAAGCAUAUUAAGACUGCAGUGUGGACCUUCACAUGUAUCAUCUUUUUUAAUAAAA